UGGUUUGCAGGUGCUCCGCUCAGGCCAUGGCAGCUCUUACUCCACGGAAAAGGAAACGCAGCUCUGAUGGCUUGCGGUUUGCAUAUGGGAAUCCGGUGAAAAAACUGAUGAUGGAAUUCACUGAGAAGUUGCCUGCAGAUAAAGUACUUGCGCAUCACAGUUUUAUAUCUCCAAUAAAGCAAACAUCAAACUUCCAAGAUGAAGGCAAAGAAAACCAACAUUCUCCACAAAAGUCAACCAAAUCACAGAAACUUCACACUUCUCCACUACAGACAGCUAAUGUGCCAAAGGGAAUACAAAGAGCAUUCCCACAGGGAAUGUCCCCAGAGUCUGGUGCCACAUACAGUUCGAUUGUGCCCACCAGCUCCUUUUAUAGCAAAGCGAAGCAAUUCCAAAACUUGCUGGAAAGGAAGCUGGCAAAUGAAAGCCUUCCUCUUAGUCCAUGUAAUGAUGAUGGAAACCUACCUAUUGCUAAUAAGACAGAAGUAGCCCAGGUGAAGGUUUUGACAGCCAGGAAUCCAAACUCAAAAGCAGCCAAGCGCCCACCUUCUUCCAGGCAGCUCAAAACUUUGCCAAGAAAUACCAAAAAGGCCCGUGUGGAGGCUGCCCCUCCCAAGGCUGUUGAACAGAAGGAGCGUGUUAAUUGCACUAUUGAAAAGAAAAUGGAUGCUCCUUUCAGAGUCCUAAGCAUGAAAUUCAAACCUGCACUGAAACUCCAAACGGGGGCAGCGUUCUUUGCCACCAGAAAGAAAUGGCACUGUGCAUCCAAGAAGGUGCCUUCAUCUCCACCAUCCCUCUCCUCUGUCAGCAAGCCUCCAGAAAAAGAGAUGCAGGACAGGCCUCUGACUCACACUGACCUUCGCGUGCUCCCCGAAAGCAGCAUGAAUGAGGCUGGUAGGGAAGAACAUGCUCUUCUGCAAGAGGAAACUUGUGAUCACACGGAGGAUGGUGAAAAACUGAGCCAGAAUGCCAGCCAGAAAAGAGAGAUGGUGUGUGAACUGAAUACUAGGCUCCUAGAAACUCCUGUGGGCUGCUCAAAAGGGCUGACUCAGAAGGAAAUGGAUGCUGGGACCCAGGGAUCUGAAGACUUCUCCAAGAGAUCGCCCAGAAAUAGGGGUAAGAAUUAUUCUUUGCGGAAGCUUUCUGGUGAAACUAUCAAAGUGCCAUCUUUGACAGACAACAUCCAUCCUUUAUUCAGCGGUGCUCCCAGCAACAAAAAAAGCCGUGUUGGUGAGAUGCAGAUACAAUCUUUCAGGGCAUGGGGUCUCCGAGACGAGCAGCUGUCACUCGUGGGGCCUGGCUCUGCAGCAGAGAAACUCCCUGCCGUGCAGCGAGUCAGCAAGAAGGCGAGAGAACUGAGCAGGAGCUUGAAAGAUCAGAUGGCCAUUGAUGCUGGGCAGAAACACUUUGGCGCCACUGCCUGUAAAUCCUGCGGCAUGGUCUACUCAGCCGCCAACCCCGAGGACGAAGGGCACCACGUGCAGCACCACCAGAGGCUUCUUGAGGGAAUAAAAUACGUGAGCUGGAAGAACGAACAUGUGGUUGCAGAAUUUUGGGAUGGGAAGGUCCUCUUGAUCCUGCAAAAUGAUCCAAAAUAUGCCAUCAAGAAGGUUGAAGAAGUACGGAAACUUGUAGAUAAUGAACUGGGAUUUAAACAAGGGGCAUUGGCCUGUCCAAGCCAGACCCGAACAUACCUUUUUGUCUCUAAUGAAAAGAAGAUAGUUGGCUGUUUAAUUGCUGAGCCAGUCAGGCAGGCGUUCCGAGUGCUCUCAGAGCCGGCGGCGCUGCUGGAGUCUCCCACUAAGAACAGCCUGGAGCAUCAGCGUGCCUGGUGCUGCUCAGCGACGCCGGAGAGGGUGUUUUGCGGGGUCAGCCGGAUCUGGGUGUUCAGCCUGAUGCGGAGAAAGCGCAUUGCGAGUCGCCUGGUGGACGUGCUCAGGCGUACAUUCUUGUUUGGCUCUUGCCUAAGUACCAGUGAAAUCGCCUUUUCUGAUCCCACACCAGAUGGAAAGGUAUUUGCAACCAAAUAUUGUAAAACUCCCAACUUUCUUGUUUAUAAUUUCAUCAGUUAAAACUCUUUCUGUACUGCUGCAUGGUGGCGUUGAGUGGAAUCAGUGAGAGCUCAUCUCUUCUAAUCCUUAAAAAAAGGUUACAAUUCUCUUGUAUUCUCUUCAUUUUACUGUUGUAAUGCAAAUUAGGAAUGGAAUCAGACUAAAUUUAUGUUGGUGUAAAAAGUUUAAUUCUGCGAGUUGAAAUUCCUGUGGUUGGUUGCAAGCUGCUAGAUUGCAAGUACUAAAGAGAAGAGGUGUUUGUAGUCUCUCGCUAUGGCUAAUAUCUGCUUUAGCCAGCAAUGUUUCCCAUUUUUGUAUUGCUGGCAGAUCUCCUGUUUGCCCACAGAUAAGUUUAGCAGCCGGAUCUGGGGGGAAAAUUCUCUGAGCUGAAAUACCUUAAUUGUUCUGAAAGACCAUGUACUGGGCUGCUUCACAAAAUAGAAAAAGUUUGAGUGUGGGGUGUGUAAUGCUGCUGGGAACCUGUUCACUUAUUCUUACGCCUGUUGGUGGAUGCUCAGUACUGAGGCGAGUUUUGUGGCCUGACGAGCUGGAAGCUGCAUUGACUUUGUCUGCAAACCACCGCGAUUCUUGCACUAAAUAGUCCAAACCUGUUUGAAUAAAUAUUGUAUUUUAGUCUGUUGUA